AUGACUCAUACGUGCUGUUUUUUUGACCGAAUCGGCGAGCACGAUCCUUCCAAUCUAGCAUCAAAGGAAUUUCAUGGCGACAGCGCCAUAUUCUGUCGUGAUUCUGAAACUGUUUUGGAAAUUCGGUCUUGUGCCGAAGAACAAGCCUCCGCUAUCCUUCUUGAGGAGCUGAUGAUUGAGUUUAUACCACAAUUGCGACUUUUCAAUCCGAAUCCCUUUGGGUUUGAAGGUUUCAUCUGGACAUAUUUCCGGCGACGUAUAUCACAGCUGUACAGUCAACACCCCACAGUUGCAGAUGAUCUGCACCAGUAUGAGGUAUUUCGGGGAUUUGGGGUUGCUUCUUCAACAAAGAGAUCGCUGCCUGAAACUUUGUAUUGCUUACUUGGGAAACGCUUUCAAUUACUACAGUCACAUGAAUCUAUCUCUGAUGAAGAGUGUAUUGCUGAAGUAUCAAGGCACAUGGACAAGGAAUAUGAAACAUAUCUGCGAUUUGGGGUUGUCGAACAGUCUAUUUAUGAAUCUGACAGAGAUGAGUCUGUGGAAACAGACGACGAAUGA